GCUAUGGAUCACACUCAGUCUCAGUCGGUGAAAGAUGUCAAAAUUUGAUGAUAUAUUUAGCUCAUUUCUUGGUUCGGGAUUUCAUCGUGGAGGUGACAGAGAGGAUCCUUUCACUGAGGACGGCGAUCAGACUCCUUUCCGUGGAUUUUUUUCAUCCCCUUGGAGCUUCCACAACGGACCAUCACACAACAUGGAUGAUGAUGAUGAUGGGCAGUCUGGGGGACAAGGACCAUUCCCAGGGGGUGGUGGUUUCUUCUCAUUCAAUAAUGAGAUGAAUGACAUGUUCAGACUCUUCGAUGAUAUGUUCAAGAGCUUUGGUAUCGCAGAUUUUCCUCCUCUAGAUGUUCCCAGGGUACCGCCACCAGCCUCUGUCCAACCCGUGAUGAAAUCCCCAAGAGAUCACAUGCUGAAAGAGCCAGAUUCUACAGACAGUCCAGAACCGGGUGCAGUCAAGCCUAAUACUGCUACCAAAGAAUCGCUCUCAUGGUUUGAUGAGCUGAGAAAAGGAAAGACUAUCUUCUCUGUUACUCCUGAUGAUGAAAUCUCUCCCUCAGCUUCAGAAAAGAAAGAUUCAGAUCUUGAUGAUGUCAUCAAACAAGGUGACAUGGAGAGAAUAUUUGGAGGGACGUCAACACAGUCUCCUUCAAACAAUCAACGUCAGAACUCGUAUUCUAGGAGUAUAUCAAUUCAGACAAUUAGAAGACCAGAUGGGACCUUUGAAACGAGGCGGACUGAACGAGAUGGCCAAGGCAACGUGACCACAACCGUGACCUCGGGUUCAGACGAUGCACCUUCGGGGAGAAUUGAUCCAAGGAAUACAGAACCCUGGGGUAUGCAUCCUUGGAGACCAAGUAUAUUCUGGCCUUUUACCAAGAGAAAUCCAGGACAUGAUAGGUCUGAGAGCGAAGGGUCUAGGACUGAAGGUGGUCCAGAUCCUUUGAGGCCAGGAACAUCCUGGCAAGGGUCCAGGAAGUCUCCAGGUCCAGAGAGGCAGGAGACGGAGACGGACGAUUCUGUCUACAAGAAAUUCUUUGGAUCUUGGUUCAAGCAUUAAUGUUUUCAUGGCAAAUGUGUGCCUUCAAGACAGUGGGGAAUAUUGCAAUUUAAGUAAUAAUCAUUAAGAUUGAUGGUGUAUUUAACCUUCGAAGGUUGGACUCAGAAUUUGUAGAAUGACAAGCUGAUAAGCAAGUACAAUUUUAAUAUCCUCUGUAAAAGACAUUACAUUUUGGGGUUGGCAAGUGUUUCUUCUUUACUGGAUUGAGAAAUUUCUAUUUGAAUUGCUAAUGCCUAGUUUAAAUGAUAUCACAGAUAGCACCAGUGUAAUACCAUGCAUUGCUCUAUAUCCUCAUCGAAAUCAUAUUGUUGCGAAAUUUAUAAGGGGGUUGGAAAUUAAUAAACCACUAAUGUAAACUCGCAGAAAUCUCUGUGAUUUUACAAACUGUUCGUUUUUCUCCUCUCAUUGACUCUGUAUAAAAAUUCUCACUACAUUUCUUAAUUUCCCUCUCUCAGAAUGUAAUCAACUAUCUGUACAUGUGUCUAUAAUCUCUCACAAGUGGGGAACAGCAAAUUGAAAUAAGCAGAGCUGACUUUUAGGUUAGACUGUCCAUUUAUUAAUUAGAGCAGACAUUUGAAGAAUAGAUACAAUCCAACUACACUCGAAUGAAAUGAACUCCAAGACAUGCCCCGAGAAACUCUCCUCAAAUGCGAAUUACCACACCUUUUUAUAGAGAGCUAAAUUACGCAAAGCACCCUUGAGCUAGUUUAUAUCCCUCUCCCAAGAACAAGAUUCUUCUUUGGCGUAGAUGGGAUGCACGCGACUGCUAGUCGAUCUUGAUGUUGCAUAACAUGAGGGCAUACUCUGUUGACGAUCGAGACCCUGGACGUGUGCAAAGCAGGUCUGUCCUCAGUGUGAGGUCAGGCGAGGUCACACGCAACUGAGAUCUGUCAUCGCUGGGAGAGACCGCGCGCGGCUGAGGGACUGUCCUUGUCAUUGCCUAAACGAAGCUUAAGGACAGUCGCUCUUGAGGAGCGAGGCCCAGGUCAUAAAUAAAGUCUGACCUCAUAAACAUAACAAAGACAAAUAAAACAAUACUAAAAGUCCAUGUAUACAGCAACAGCGGAGAGUUUCAUGAUUACAAAUGUUUCUUCUUUAUUCCAUGAGGAAAUACAAAAGUCAGUGCAGGUUAGUGCUAUGAACUUGUAGUUAAUGUUUAAAAUUUACAGGUUGAGCCGAGUCGGCUGUCACAUCUUUCUGCCACUUUUCCUCACCUCAAGAUAAUCUUUGGGGUUAGUCGGGUUACCAGCCUGUCGUCAACUUUGACAGGCCAAUGUUUUACAAACAUUUAGAGACAGAGACAAUUCCGUCACCCAAGAUGGUACAUGAGAUGAAGUGAAUGGUUUUAGUCGGUCGUGGUGAAGAAACGUUGAUUUUCCACGUUGGUUACUGCGAACCUCAAAAAUGAGUUUACUCAACUUCCUGAUGAUAACACAGGGGCCAACCCAUCGUUUACGCUUUAAUUAUGGUGAUAGGCCAUUGUGCCUGCAAGAAUCAAGUUGGUAGACUAAGUCGCGUACUUAAUAAUUGUUGACCGACAUUCGGAGGUCAUAAUUUCAUUUCUGCCUCAACGCAUUGGCUACGCUUACUGGUAAAUCAAUAUCCUAUCUACUGAUAUCGAUUAAGCAUCUAGCUACAUGUAUCAACUGUAAGGUCUCCCUGUCACCCAUAGGUUCAAUCAAUGAAUAGAGCAGAUCGCCUGGUUCUAACUUGGAAGUAUCAGCAAUACCUGCAACGAUAAACUCUGAGUUAGCUGGGAUGACGUCACUCUUCACAGUUACACUACAGUUUACUUGACAACACGCAAUCUGACAGCGAAACAGACGAUCGUUCAGGUGUAGCCCACGUCUUUGUUCGAGAACAAAUUUGAAGUGUUGUGUGAUCAUGUAUAUUGGCAACAAAUACAUUCCACCUGAAUGUUUUAUCCACAAUGGAGAUGUCAAUAUGGGCCUGAAGUGGAUGUCGUCUGACAGUUUAACUAGAUAUGGGCGCAAGUUUUCAAAUUUACUAUGAUACACUUAGGAUGAUUUGACAGUUACUUCUGCUCCAGAGUCAACCAAAAAUUUAGCAUUAGCACCAGUAACAUUCACUCCAAUAAAGGAAGAUAUCCCUAAACUUUUAGCUUGAUAAUUCUUUGUGCACUGCUAACUUUAUUUUGAAGGGCAAAAACCUGGUUGAAUGGAUCGGCCCCGCCUAGUUUCUUGCAUCAGAAUGAUCUCUAGAGGGUAGGGGAGCAUCCUGCAUGGUCUUAGGAGGUGGGGGCAUUGGUGGUGGCUGCCCCCACAUCUGUUGUGACUGGGGUCUCGACUGCAUGUGAUAUGGUGGAGCCCAUGGCUGGGUUGCAAAUGACUUUCAUAGUGAUGAACAGGAGGCAGUUGCGAGCUAAAUGUCCUUUCCUAUCACACUCAUAGCAUCUGCUGUGCAGUGGUCUAUUACCCCGAGGAAUGCGCCAUCUAUCGUCAUUACCCUGUCUACCUUGGCGUGUGUCUCCCGACUGCGACCUGUUCUUUUAGUAGGGAAGAAAAAAUAUAGAGUCUUUCGUCAAUGGAGGUAA